GAAGAGAAAAAAAAACGACUUUCAAUGUCUCUCAUUCGCUUCCAUCUUCCCAUUUCUAAAUUGUCCGUCUCCUAUCUUGUUUCUAACGAUUGCAACGUUCGACGAUAUGCAAACUAUCAAUCUCUUUUUGUAAUGUUGAAAUCUAAUGGAGUUGGAGGUGGGAUGUGCUUAAAAGCUUCAACACAAUCUGAUGAUAAUGUUAUUGUGAGGCAGUGUGCAAAUUAUCAACCUCCUAUGUGGAAAGAUGAUUUUAUUCAAUCAUUACAUAAUGAAUUUGGGGGAAAAACAUAUAAAAAACGGUUCAACCAACUCAAAGGACAAGUUAAAGACAUUGCUUGGAGAAAGAAGAGACUCUUUAGAACAACUCGAGCUCAUUGAUGUUUUACAAAGACUUGGAAUAUCUUAC